AUGGCUGAAACAGCGCGAUAUGGUACAUGGCCGUCGCCCAUCGAGGCACAGGACGUCUGUCAUAAACCUGUGCGUCUGACCGACGACGUCUUUGUUGACCCAAUUACAGGGACGGUGUACCACACAGAGGGGAGACCAUCCGAAGGAGGACGCAAUGCGAUCGUGUUCACGGAGACAGGGCGCGAAGUAAUGCGCAAGCAUUGGGACGCGAGGAGCCGCGUGCAUGAGUAUGGAGGCGCACCCGCGUCGGCCUAUGAUGGUAUCGUAUACUUCUCGAAUGUACCGGACAACCGGGUAUACGCUGUGGGCAGGUCAGAAGAUCCCCAGCCGAUCACACCUGUCAACGACGCCCAUAGAUUCGCGAAGCUCGCGAUCCACCCUACACACCCGCACCUCAUAGUCGCCAUCCUAGAGGACCACACAAAGUCAGCACCGACCCAAGUCGUCAACUCUGUAGUCCUCAUCAACAGCCGCACGCAGACCGUCACCACUCUCGUCUCAGGCGCGGACUUCUACUCCGGUCCAUCCUUCUCGCCGGAUGGCACCCACAUCGCCUGGGAACAAUGGUCCAACCCGGACAUGUCCUGGGAGGGCGGCCAGAUCUACGUCGCGUCGGUCCUUGCCUCCGACAGCGCCCUCACGCUCAGCGACACCACGCUCGUCGGCGGGGUCGCAGGCGCCGUGAGCGCGACGUACCCGCUCUGGGCAUCCAACGACGUGCUCAUCUACACCUGCGACGAGUCCGGGUACCAGAACCCGUGGAAGUACACCGUCUCCGCGCGCACAGCCGCACCCGUGCUCGAGGAGCCCGUCGACGUCGACUUCAGCUUGCCACGAUGGUAUCUCGGCUGGGAGUUCAGCGCGCCGCUCGACCUCGACGCGGGCAAGGUGCUCUACGCCGCCGUGCGUGACGGCCGGAGCUAUCUGUACGUCCUCAGCCUGGCUGACGGCGAGGCGGAGGAGCUCGAGUGCCCGUACGUGAACAUACUGGUACUCAAGCGCGUGCGGGACAACGUCGUCGUGUUCAAGGCGGAAAGCGUGGACAAGCCCGAGGCCAUCGUCCUGUGCACGCUGGACGAGGACUUGACACCGACGUUCAAGGAGCUGACGGGUGGGUUCGCGCUGCCGCUCUCGCCUUCCAUGAUCUCGGAGGCGAAGUCGUUCACGCUGAAGAACCCGGCGAACGAUGGCCCGCUGCACGUGCUGUAUUACCCUCCGACGAACUCAAACUACCAGGGCAUCCAGGGCGAGAAGCCUCCGUGCAUCGUGAACGCACAUGGUGGGCCUACGACGCAUGUGUCGCAAGGAUUCAAGUGGGAAGUCCAAUUCUUCACCAGCCGCGGCUUUGCAUGGAUAGACGUGAACUACAGCGGCAGCUGCGGCUUCGGCCGCGAAUACAUCGAGCGUCUCAACGGCCAAUGGGGCGUGAUCGACGUCCAAGACUGCAUCCACGCCAUGAAGUCGCUCUCCGCCGCACCGCACCCGCUCAUUGACCGCCGGCGCAGCAUCAUCCGCGGCCGCUCCGCCGGCGGGUACCUCGCGCUCUCCGCGUGCUGCCACCCGAAGGAGCGCAAGACGUUCGCGGCCGCGACGGCGAUGUACGGCGCGGCGGACAUGCGUGGGCUCGUGAAGGGCAUGCACAAGUUCCAGCUGCACCACGUGCAGAGGCUCGUGGGUGGCUCGCCAGAGGAGAUCCCGCAGGUGUAUAAGGAGCGGAGCCCGCUGCAUAACCUCGGGAACGUUGGCAAGCUCGGCUUUCCGCCAUUGCUCAUCAUGCAAGGCAGCGCGGAUCCCAUCGUGCCUGCCUCGCAGGCGCAGGCGAUGGUCGAAGCCGUCAAGACGCAAGGGGGUCGAGUGGAGUAUAGACUGUUCGAGGGCGAGUUGCACGGCUGGCGGAAGACCAAGACUAUCGAGUUGGCGAUCGAGCAGGAGCUGGCGUUCUACCAAGAAGUGCUGGGCUUGAGCAAUAUCGACGACGAGCUGGAGGAAGGCUUGCCUCUGUACAGUGCGAACCGCCUCGACUAA